CAUCUGCCCAUUGGUCCCCUAACAGGACCAUUGCACAGGAUCUGCAAAACUAUCCUGAGCUCCUUGCCGAGCAGAGAGUCGAACGACAAAAAAAAAUCCCUGCACCACGCCGUCUUCAUUUCCAUCGUACUACCAAGCAUCCGAUCUUCACAGCACCCUCUGCUCCUAAACCGUGGGAUUGCACCCUUGCAAAAGAACCACCUGCUCUUGCAAACUAGAGCAUCCUUCAUUGCGCAACACCCUGUGGUCCACCUUGAACUGCAUCCUUCAUUGCGCAACAACACCCUGUGGUCCACCUUGAACUGCAUCCUUCAUUGCGCAACAACACCCUGUGGUCCACCUUGAACUGCAUCCUUCAUUGCUCAACACCCUGUGGUCCACCUUGAACUGCAUCCUUCAUUGCUCAACAACACCCUGUGGUCCACCUUGAACUGCAUCCUUCUUUGCUCAACAACACCCUGUGGUCCACCUUGAACUGCAUCCUUCAUUGCGCAACAACACCCUGUGGUCCACCUUGAACUGCAUCCUUCAUUGCUCAACACCCUGUGGUCCACCUUUAACUGCAUCCUUCAUUGCUCAACAACACCCUGUGGUCCACCUUGAACUGCAUCCUUCAUUGCUCAACAACACCCUGUGGUCCACCUUGAACUGCAUCCUUCGUUGUUCAACACCCUGUUGUCCACCUUGAACUGCAUCCUUCAUUGCUCAACAACACCCUGUGGUCCACCGUGAACUGCAUCCUUCAUUGCUCAACACCCUGUGGUCCACCUUGAACUGCAUCCUUCAUUGCUCAACACCCUGUGGUCCACCUUGAACUGCAUCCUUCAUUGCUCAACAACACCCUGUGGUCCACCUUGAACUGCAUCCUUCAUUGCUCAACACCCUGUGGUCCACCUUCAACAGCAUCUUCUCUUGCACAACACCUUGUGGUCCACCUUGAACUGCAUCCUUUCUUGAACAACCUCUAAUCCACCUUGAACACCAUACUUUAUUACACAAGACCUUCUGGUCCACCUUGAACAGUAUCUACUAUCGCACUGCACCCACUGGUACACCUUGAACAGCACCCGUUAUUGCGCAAUACCCUCAUUGCACAGCAUCCCCAUCUUCUCUCUUCUCCAAGAUGUCCGUCACUCAGGCUGAGGACCACCUGUGCACCUACCAGGAGGCCAUGCAGCAAAGCGCCUUCCUAGAGGAGGAAUUUCCUCUGCCCUCCCCGACCAAGGGGGCCCUAAGGAGGCGCAGGGAGAGCCGGCUCCGUUCCCAGCUCCUCUCCUUCGAAGAGAUCAGGGAGGUGGAGGAGGAAGGAGUCUCGCCCUCCGAGGAGGAGAAAGCCAGGAAGUCUUUUCUACAGUCCCUGGAGAGCCUCAGGAGGAGCUCCAACCACACUUACCCCCAGAAGGACAAACUCAACAGCUAUAAACUCAGCCUGGACUCUAGCGAUUCCGAUUCCACCCCAUGAGGAGGCGCCCUGGGAAGGCUACGCUCCCUCCCAAUGUGACAAUGUCUACCAGCGGCCUGGAUAGGGGGGCCCCCUUUUCCCCCCCCCCCCCUAUGGAGAACUGCUGGGGGAACCCGUGACUUUCCGCCAGGGUGGAUGUCGGGGUGGAGUAUAAUAAUGAUGACGUUUACAUAUCCGGACUUGGCGUUUUCUAGAAAGAAAUCCUUAUUUUUGUAUUUAUUGAUCCCUCUAUGGCAGUGUGGAGUUUCUCAGCUGUAUAAUAUUUGUAGCCAUAUCUUAUAUAUUAUUAUUAUUAUUAUUAUAUAUACAGCACACAGUUAUAUUGUAUACAUAUUCUAUUUAGUGAGUUGGGUUUGUUAAAGCAAAAUAUAUAUAUAUAUAUCUAUUUUCCUGUGUCCUUCCACAACAAAUAAAUAGAAUUUAUCUAAA